AUGGAACUACGUAUCGUAACCCUUACGGGUACAUCUUUCGAACUUCGAGUAUCUCCCAAUGACACUGUUAUGUCGAUUAAGUCAAAAAUCCAACGAUUUGAAGGCAUUCCCAUUUGCCAACAACACUUGAUUUGGCAAAAUGGUGAGCUCUCUGAUCACCAGUCUCUCCAGGAUUACAGCAUUCCCGGUGGUGCUACUCUGCGCUUGGUUUUGGGAUUACGAGGAGGUCCAAUUAACACUUAUAGACCUUCAACGGCCGCCACUGCAACUAUACGAUUUACAUCAACUGCUCAUUUCUCCUCUUCCUCUUCUAAUCAAAACAAGUCUGAUUGUAGUAGCAGCACCGACGAUCUCCCUCCCACUACGGCUACCACCUCUAUCCCACCUCUAAACGAAAGUGAAGUCCGCGACCCCGAAGAUGAAAAGCAAAUUACAUUUUACUUCGUAAAUUCUGCUGAUCAUUUGGACUUUAUGCGAGCUGUUAACAAACAUCAUCGAGAAACUGCUUCAACUAAUUCCCUUCUAAGAUCCGAAGAAUCCUCUGAAUAUCCCCUAAAAGCGCCUUUUCUUUCCAGUAACCUUUCCAAUUCGAAAACAACCCAAUCCCUCCCAUUUCUCCAAUCUGAGGAGUCUGCGCUGAGUUGUGAUGAUCCCCAAAAACCUCAAUCUCACUUAGCCACCACGACGUCUGAGCCCUCUGUUCUCAAAGCAUCAACAGACAGGCAGAAAUCUUCCUCCCCUGCCACUAUAGCUGCCGCGGCGAGUCUUUUCACUGGUUACGCCUUUGGACGGGAUAAUUCCUAUGCAUCUGAUACGGAGGAUUGUAUUUCACCUGAAUGUAACAGUAACACUACAGCAGCAGCAUAUUUCCUUCAGCCAUCCUCCCCCGAAUGGGAUAACCGGGAUUUAAGCACAACUCCACCUAUGACCGUCCCUCCCUUUUACCCUUCCGAAAAUCGUGAGGGGGAGGAAUAUACGGUAGAGGAAGAUAAUGAUAGUCUGGCUGAUCUUAAAGACUGCCUCCUAUACUAUCAGUCUGGGGAUUUGCUAUUUGGCCCUAGGAGAAAUGGAUCUCACUCCUGCAACUGUAAAGGGAAUUUCAUUACUGAUGCUGAUGGGCCAAAUACAACACGGGCUAAAGCUGAGGAAUGUGAAUCAUUGGCGGAGAAAAUGAGACACAUUAGGAAUCAGUUGUCUCAUCAGAGGCAGGAAAGAAUAAGGCGGAGAUUAAGGCACCAACAACAACAGGACAAUGUGGAAGACGGCAGCGAAUUCAAUAAGGAAAUUACACAACCCUCCGCUGGUAAGUUGAUAAUCGUGCUUGUACUUUUGAAAAGAAAGGAAAUGUUUUGA